AAUCAUAUUUUGUUUCACUUCUGAUUUAGCAUUCUUUAUUUUAGUACUGACACAUCUGCUGUGUGAAAAAUGUAACAAUCAGAGGGCCUCUCCUCUAAGAGCACUGGGCCGCAUUAAUCAGAGUGAGGAGUGGAUUUUCACUCCCUGAUUGAAUGCAGAUGGCCUCUCAGUGGAGUGCACGCCUGUAGUUGUGUGCACAAAGAAGCGCAUGCAUGUUUGCAUAUAAAAAGCAUCUGUUUGAUUCUCCUAUUCUGGAAGUAGGAACGCUAUCUGAGCAGCUAACACAAGAUUGUGUUGGGCUGCCAUGGAGUUCACCUCACCUGAAAGGAAACCUACGUGAUCAAACCUAAAGCGUCUUCACUGGUCUCCUUCGUCAGUGAUGGCUGAAUGGAGCUGGGUGAUCUACACAGUGCUUGAGGUGCUGAUUGCAGUGACCUGCUGCCUUGGCAAUGUGUUGGUGGUGUGUGCAGUGUGCAUUGGUAUCCGGGAUUCCCUUCGUGAGCCGAUGUUUUGCUUCCUGGUGUCCCUAGCCGUGGCCGACCUGCUCGUGGGUGUGGCAGCUGUGCCCCUGGCUGUGCUAUUGGACGGCUGGGUGAGCCUGAGCCCUGACCUCUGUCUGCUGCUCAGCUGUGUUGUGCUUGUGCUCACUCAGGCCUCAGUGCUGUCGCUGCUUGCUAUCGCCGUGGACAGAUACCUCCGUCUUUACAAGCCGCUCAGAUACAAAGCCUUGGCUUCACAGAGGCAAACAUGGCUUGCAGUUUGUGCAUGCUGGACUCUUUCCUGCCUCCUUGGGUUCACCCCUCUGUUUGGCUGGAACAACUACUCCACUAAUGCACCUGGCUCAACCAACACAUCCAUCUCUUCCCUCUCUACUCCUCCCUGCACCUUCCUCUCAGUUAUCUCUCUCCCUUUUAUGGUGUACUUUAACUUCCUGGGAUGUGUCAUGGCACCCCUGCUGGUCAUGACCCUCCUCUACACUCAGAUCUUCUGGAGCCUGCAGGGUCGUCUAAAGGAGAGCAGUCCCCAGGCACAGGCCUCUCUGCUCAGGGAGAAGAAGCUGGCCUGCUCCCUGGCUCUGGUUCUUAUUUUGUUUGCCAUCUGCUGGAUCCCCCUGCACCUGAUGAACUGUCUGCUGCUGUUUCACGGCCCUGAAGCUGUCACAAAGGGGACACUCUAUGCAGGAAUUCUCCUGUCCCAUGCCAACUCAGCAGUCAACCCUGUGGUUUAUGCUUAUCGGAUCCCAAAGAUCCAACAGGCCUACAGCCAAAUAUGGAGGCGCCUCCUCAUAUAUAUAAACGGUUUCAGUGGUGAUAAGCAAGUUUGUCAACAAAGGACAAGCAGCCAAGCCAAUCAGACAGAGGCGUGUGGAUCAGGAGGGAAGAGCACGCCCUAAAAAAAGAACA